UCGAUGAAGAACAUCGUCCUCGUGAGCAGGAGGUGGAACCACAGUCCCCCAACAUACACAAGGAAGAAGAGGUACCACAUUCCCAACAUAUCAAAGAGGGAGGAGAGGAGCCACAACCCCGCCCCCCCCCCCCCCACACACAUUAAAGAGGAAGACGAGACGCCACAGACCCAUAAUGUUAAACUGACCCUUCACAUUAAGAACGGCAAGCGGAGGACCCACUGAUCUUACACAUCAAAAAUGCAGAGGAGGACCCACUGAACCCUCACUUUAAAGAGGAAGAGGAGGACCAAGAGCCGCCGCACAUUAAAGAGGAAGAGGAGGAAAAGGGCAUCAGUCAGCCUAAAUGGUUGGAGGAGUUCCCAGUGACUGGUGUCCCUGUGAAGAGUGAAGAUGAUGAGGUGAAAGGUGAAAGUGAGGAGAGGGGAGGGGGGGAGCCUCCAAGCAGCAGCUCAACACAACACAUGACAACAGAAGCUGAUGGAGACCACUGUGGAGGAUCACAAGCAGACAAGCUCUUAGCUCCACUAUCAGAUAGUGAGGACACAACGUCACACUCUCCUGACACUGAUGAUGAAGACUCUAAAGAUGAUAAGACAUGUCACACUGACAACACUCACUUCGCAUCUUCUCUCUGUCACAAAACUUUUAAAUACCAAAGUCGUCUGAAAAGACACAUGAGAAAACACACUGGAGAAAAACCUUUCAUUUGUUCAAUCUGUGGUAAAGGCUUUACACAAAGUUGGAGUUUGAAAAAGCACAUGGGAAUGCACCGUGGUGAAAAACCUUAUAUCUGUUCAUUCUGUGGUAAAGGUUUUACACAAAGUCAACAUUUGAAAAUACACAAGAGAACACACACUGGUGAAAAAUCACAUUUCUGUUCAAUAUGUAAAAAAUAUUUUGUACAACGUCGAGAUUUGAAAGUACACAUGAGAACACACACUGGUGAAAAACCUUUUUCCUGUGUGGUCUGUGGUAAAGGUUUUACACAAAGUCAUAAUUUGAAUGUACACAAGAGAACACACACUGGUGAAAAACCUUUUUCUUGUUCAAUCUGUGGUAAAGGUUUUACAGACAGUCCAACUUUGAAAAGACACAAGAGAACACACACUGGUGAAAAACCUUUUUCCUGUUCAAUCUGUAACAGAAGCUUUGGUGAACAAUCAAAGCUUGUAGCACACAUGAGAAGACACCCAGGAGAGAAAGUGUUGAGUUGCAGUGUGUGUGGUGAAAGAUUGUCUUCUAAGUACCAGUGUAAGAAACACAAGUGUGCUGGUGAGAACAGCAGCAGCAAAUGAAACUGCAGGAUUUGAAAUAAACUGUCCAGACUUUCAUUUUGACUUUCUAACAACAUCAGCACAUAUAACAUGUGUGACAUUGUUGUUUGUCUAACAAUCUGUUUAAUGUGCUUCUACAUUUAUAGAUUAAGAUAGUUUGAAAUAUGAAAGUAUUACAUAUUUGUAUUUCUAAUUGUUAAUAAUCCCAUAGAUUAUCACCUUUAUAUGAUAUACAUAUGUACUGGUUCACAUCUGAAACAUCUUCUGGACCACUUCAGGAAGCAUAUUAUUAUUUACUUCAUACAUCAUUUGAACAGUUGUCUUUUAUACAAUUUUAAAAUGUGUGACUUUAUGAAUCAUUUGCUGGGUCUCUUUAAUCUAUUUUAUUCAUUAUCGUUAUUACUCUGUAUUAUUAUGAUUGUGUUGUGAUUGUUUUACAUGUAUGUCCCCAGACCUUUAUGCAAUAUAAACGUGAGAGAAAAUGGCAGAUUAUUUUUGUGAAGGGAUUUUUUUUUUUACAAACUUACAUUUGUGGAAAUAUCAAAUAAAUCCAGUAUUGUGUUUGAAACAUUUUUUUAUGUUUUUUUUUUUUCUUUUUUAACAUCCCCACAACAACAUCAAUAUCAUUCAAAGUUUGGAGUGUCAGACAAAAGCCAAUAUUGUACAUCAUCCCACAGAGAUUUACUUUGCAUACAUUCUUAAAAUAAACAGUUUAUUGUGUUUCCCAAUCACAGAUCGAACAAGUGUUGUCUUCAAUUGCAAAACAACAUACAAAAUAUUACUUUAAGUGGUCAAUUCUGUCUUUUUUUCUUACAUUAACUCUUUUGCCUUAGA